AUGCGUCCAUCCCUCGCGCUCCGCUUCUCUUUAUCCGCCAACACGCGCCGAGCACAGUUCCAGAUCCAACUGACGCUCUUCACCCGCGCCAACUGCGGCCUGUGCGACGUGGCCAAGGCGCGCGUCGGCGAGUUCACCACCGCCAACACCAAGGACAAACGCCAACACCAGAACCCGCUGAAGGACAACAGCAAGAAUGAGGAUCGGGAGAAAGACAAACAACCCGCCGCCGCCACCACCGCCACAGCAGCAGCAGCAGCAGCAGCAACACCCGUCGUCAGCUACGCGUACGCCGAAAUCGAUAUCAUGGACCCAGCACAGAAGCGGUGGCGGGACGUCUAUGAAUUUGAUGUCCCCGUGCUGCACAUCGACCCCUUACCCGUGAGAGACACGAGGACGGGUGCACCUUCUCACGAUGACUACGGUGAUUACGUCCCAACCCUCGAUGCCGCCAAGAAGCUCAUGCACAGGUUUACGGUGGAGGAAGUGGCAAAGGCGGUUGACGAGGUGGUUGAGCGAGGCGCGUCUUUGUGA